CUGUAACUGGUGUAUGGCUUAGAAUUAGAUAAAGACAUUGCAACCCCCGUCAGCGCUUAGCUCCAUUCAGACAUUUUAUUUCUUAUUACCAUUCAAGAAAUUCUCCAGAAAGGGAAAGAAAAAGAAUCAAAAAGGGGAGACAACAAAAAAAAAGUGCGGUCAUUUGUCUAGAGUAGCAAGGGAAAGAGAGAAGAAAAAAAAUAAACCCCCGCUAGAAAUUGAAUUAAAGAAACGCGGAAGAGUGAAAAUUUAUGAACAGUAGAUGUUGAAUCAAUUAAGUAGUAGCUUAGUAAGUACUUUGAGUUAUUUACGUGGUUAGCUAAGAGGACAGGUAACCUAUCAAAUACACCUGUAAUGAAAAUUGUAUGCUCCGGUUACAUACCAAUAUCGGCAUUCAUUCUGGUUGGUCGUCUACAAAUCCAGAACUUAUAUUUUAACUCUCUCCACUUCCUAACCGACGAUACCAACGUUGAUUCGACCAGAAUGUGGUAUAUAAUUACGGAGAGAAGGAGUUAAGUACCGGGAGUGUGACUACUUUGUGAGACUAUAGAUCUAUAAGGAGAUAUCGAGUUACACAAGAAAAAAAAAGGGAAACGAUUCGAGAGGGAAUUCAAGGAAAGGAAUACACUGUUGUAACCUGAUCUUCCGUGGAUGUGUUUUGUGUUUAUCAUUGAACGGGUCACACCCAGACCACUAGGGCGAGAUAGCAUUAUCACUGAGGACCACAGCAGCACCGUGGACAUGGAGUUGCUGUAAGAUAACGCACUGUGGUGAUACCCAAAUUGCGCUGGUCGCAAACAGAAAGAAAAAAACGAAGUUGACAAAAGCUCCCACCAAAAGACCCCAAGAUCUUGUUGGAUAUUUUAAACAUGGAUUCCAAAUCUCUGAUCAGCUUCUACAUCAUAGUAUAUCUAGUCAACCUCAUUGCUGGCAAUGACGUUAUCUUAUUCAACGCAGACAAAGAACUCAGUCAAGAAGAAGAAGAUAUAGACUCGCUUUUACAGGGCGAGCAAUUGUUUCAGUAUAAUGUCAACAACGCUAAGACAGACAGACCCGAAAGGGUUAAGCAAACUUUUCGGACUAGCAAACUGCCGAAACACAACAUCACAACCUCAACAGCAUCAACCUCAACGACAGCGUCCACUUCGACUACGUCGACAACUCGGAAACCCGAAAGAGGACAGCAAUUGUCACAUAACUGUACUCACAGUGAUAAAGCCAAAAGGACCCCAGUGAAGUCCUCGGCCCAACUGAAGUGGCAGAGCCUGGACACUGGUCCAGAGCUGGAAGAGGAUGACCUCCUGGAGAACAUGGACUAUCAGUAUUUGGUGGUGUCAGAAGAGAGCCUGUUCCACAGAGCUAGGCGUCAAGCCUUAGAAUAUAUAAGUGGAUAUAGUACAUAUAGGUCAAAGUUCACUUUAGGAAAUCGUGAAAUAACUUCAACAGAAUCUCAGGACGGCACUGGAGAGUUCCUUCGUUUAAGAAGUUCAGCAGACGAUUAUAUUUCUUCCACAUUACAACAAGCGUUUCCAAACAGACCAAUACAAAUUGGGAUUACAAAAUUGAGUACGCCACACACUACAGUUGAAUUUGAGAUACAAAUCCAUGAUGACGUGGAUCUUAAUGACACCAGGAAGCAGCUAGCAAAGGCACUGGACGCUUUAGACAAAGCCGACAGCUUUCAGCUAGACAGUAAAACUUAUUCUGUCGAAGAAGUGAUGCUCGGCAAAGAUGGUGGAGAUGAUUCAACAUUAGAAUAUACUAUUUGUAUAUUGUGUUCCGACUAUCAAACUUGUACUCAAACUAAUGGUGUGUGGACCUGUCAAUUGAGUGACCCUCGUUUAUAUUCCUUUGGUUCGGUACAACAAGACAGUAGCAUGGUGAAAAAUGUUGAUUAUGCCACAGUCCAACUAAAGGUUCCUGACGCUAUAACAUGGGGAGAAGAGGAAGUUUCUAAUAUAUGGGUUUCUGUGAAUGGUUUCAUCAGCAUAGACAGUGAAUUUGUCAGCUAUAUUCCACGUCGUCUCCCAAUGAAUAGCCAAAAACUUUUAGCUGUCUACUGGAGCGAUCUAGAACUCAAAUCUGGUGACGUGGGUGAAGUUUAUUAUCAGAUUUACUCAAAGUAUGGCAGAAAAUAUGACCCAAACAUUUUCAAAAAAGCCAAUGAGGAUGUAAAAAGCUAUACAGGGGAUGAGAGUUAUGAUGCAACAAGUGUUAUUGUGGUCACGUGGAGUGAUAUGGCACCUUACCCUUUAUACAGGAGUGAAACAGAAAGAGUGACUUUCCAAUGCACUAUCAUCACAGAUGGCACCACAACCUACGCUGUAUAUCAUUAUGGUCAUGGUGCCAUGAGGUUUAACGCCCAGCUCAGGAGGCCAGUAGAAGCUGGAUGGGGUGGCAUCAAUCUGGACAGCUCCAGAGUGAACUACUAUAAUUUUGAUCAAAAUCUUGGAAAUACUGGUGUAGUUGGCAAAUGGUUUUUUCAAAUUGGCAGAAGAGAAAACUACAAAGCUAAGUGUCUGAAUUGGUAUUACAAAAACUUGCAAGACUAUGACAAUAUCAGGUUCUGGGAUAUUGUACUUCCUAAGUGUCCAUGCAAUGAGUUCUUUGUUUGGGCUACUGGCUGGUGGCAAAUGUCCAACCAAAAUGGUGUCAGCUGCUAUGAAAGUUAUAAUUCAUACACUCCAUAUGGAAGGGUGUGUUGUUACCGCCUAGAUGACUGGCAGCUGAGCUGGUCCAGUUUAAGCUGGAUGUUUUCUGCUUUUGGAAGAACAUUUGGAACUUUUGAAAACCGGAUGCCUUUUGCGGGAAGUCUUCAGAGGAACUCUCCCUAUUUCAGCGGCAACUAUAACUAUGGGUACUUCAACAAUCCUAUGUUUGACACAAACCGGUACAGUACUCAGACAAUCUUUGCUUAUAUGCAUGAGGUGGAUGACCUUGAGCCCAAACAGUGGUGCUGUUACCAGUCCAAUCUGUGUCAUCUGUAUUACCAAGUCAGACCAGCUUCUAACUGCAUUGGUCCCAAUGUUGCUUUCGGUAUUGGGUUUGGUGAUCCCCAAAUUAAUACACUGGAUAACAAAUGGUUUAUAUUUAAUGGCCUUGGAGAAUACAGACUAUUGGAAAUAACUGGCAAACAUCCAAAGAACACAUCUCUUUCUGUGGAUUUUAAGCUUCAGGGAAGAACAUGCAAGGCCGUCACCUCGUCAGGAGAGCCAACCAACGCUACUGCCUGGUGUGCGCUGGCCUUAAAAACUACAAGUGGGAAUACCACCAAGAUAGAAAUCAGUGAAACAGGAAACAAUAUGAUCAUUUAUGCCAAUGGUCAAGACUAUUCUCUCAGAUUUCGCAACAGCCUAAAUUUCUCAGAAGUUAAUAAGGACAUUUAUUUGCGAAAGGACAGUAUAACUGAAUCUCUUAUGAUAUCAACUGCAGAUGGUGUUGGGUUAACAGUCUCAUUGAAGAACAAAAUACUUGUGUACACACUGGAUGUGGAUGAGAUGUACAAGUCAAUGACCAGAGGUCUGGUCAGUAACUUUAAUGAUGAUCCAUCUGAUGAUUUUAUUUUUCCAAACUCAACAAAGUUGUCCAACAAUGCUUCUGAUAGACAGAUAUUUGACUAUGGUCAGACAUGGGCUGUCACUCAGGAUUCAAGUUUAUUUGAUUACAUUUAUGGCCCAAAUACAUCAGACCCCAGUUUCAUGCCGCUGUUUCUGGAUCAACUUAAUACAACCGAAGCUGUCAUUGUCUGUAACGACGCCACUCAUAUAGCUUGCAUUUUUGAUUAUGCUGUCACAAGGAAUCCAGGAAUUGCACUCUUGACAAAGAUAACUGUAGAUGUGUUUGCAAACCAAGUCAAACUAGUUGGAAACAGUGCUCCGACCAUUACAGGCAACCGUGACUAUAAUGUUACCAUAAACCAAACUCUAAACAUUGUAUUGAACUGCACUGACCCUGAUAAAGAUAACCUGUCUGUAGUUGUUCUAACCAAGCCCAACCAAGGCUUUACCUACAGUUUGAUUGAUGGCCAGCUUUCUCUCUCCUACACACCCUCAAAGAUAACUGAUGAGAGCAUAGAGCUUGUAGUCCACGACUCUGCAGGUCUUGACUCAGGUGUGCUGAAGCUCAAUCUCACCAUAUGUAGUGGCUGCAGUAACCAUGGCCACUGUGACUUUGCUGACCUGCUAGCUGUCAACACACCCUACAAAGCUAUAGCUAGAUGUGUGUGUGAUGUAGGCUAUACAGGUGAUGAUUGUGAGUUAGACAGAAAUGGUUGCCUCAUGGAACCCUGUCCUGAUCAAACAAAAUGUCAAGACUUGGAUGCGGCAACUGAAAGAGCCACUGGUCUAUCAUUUAAGUGUACAGACUGUCCUAAGGGUUAUAAGUUGGUCAACAAUGACACAAAAUGUGAAGAUAUUGAUGAGUGUCAGAAUGCAUCUAAUGCCUGCCCUGCUCAUGCUAACUGUCAAAACACCAUUGGGAGCUUUGAGUGCAACUGUGGUCAAGGGUUUAGGAAAUAUAAUGGACAGUGCAUAGAUAUCAAUGAAUGUGCAGAGUACCAGGAUGAUUGCGCCCAGAUCUGUAUCAAUGAACUAUCUACAUUUACUUGUGACUGUUAUGAAGGAUAUAGGAAGUAUGGUAUCAUUGGCCAUGAUUGCAUACAAAGAGAAGAUGUGUGUAAAGGUCUCAACCUAACAUGUGAGUAUGGAUGUACAAAUCAGUCUGGUGUUGCUGAGUGUUUCUGUCAGCACGGCAAAAAGUUAGCUGAUGAUAAACAAUCUUGUAUUGACAUUGAUGAGUGCCAGUUAAAUCUGUGUCCUCAAGGCUGCCAAAACAUUAAUGGAGGUUUUAUCUGCACUUGUUUUGAUGGUUUUCAUUUAAGUGAAACUGACAAUUUAACUUGUGAAGCAUGCUCCGAUGACAAAUAUGGUUCUGAUUGUAAGAAGUUGUGCUACUGCCGGGGUCGUGCGAUGGACUGUGAUGCUGUCAGAGGGUGUGUUGAGUGUGACAGUGGCUGGACUGGGGAAACCUGCAGCCAAGAUGUUGACGAAUGUGCUGCUAGUGCCACCACUUGCCCCCAGGACCAGAUUUGCACCAACACCAAUGGUUCUUACAUUUGCAGCUGCCCCACUGGAUAUGAGCUCACCAAUGGAGUAUGUGAAAACAUUAAUGAAUGUGUCAGCAUUCAAACAUCUUUGUGUUCCCAUGUUUGCAUUGACACUCCUGGCUCUUUUAGGUGCCAGUGUGAAGUCGGAUUCAAAUCCAGUACUAAUGGGACCUGUAUUGAUAUUGAUGAAUGCAGUUACAGCACCUCUGGCUGCCAACAUAAAUGUACCAAUGUUGAAAGUAGCCACAACUGUGAAUGUUUUCCUGGCUAUAGAUUACUGGAGGACAGAAGGACUUGCCAGAAAGUUGUUAGCCCUUGUCAGAAUCUAAACAUCAGCUGUAGCUUUGGAUGCAGUCUCAUCAACAGUGUGGCUCAGUGCUUUUGUCCACUUGGAUACAUUCUGGGAAGUGAUAACUACACAUGUUAUGAUAUUGAUGAAUGCACAGUACAAGGUGAUCAUGAAGAUAAAUGUACUGAUAAUUGUUUAAAUACGCCUGGCUCAUACAACUGUUCAUGUCCCAUUGGAAAAGCCUUGCUGCCAGACCAAAGAACUUGUGAAGUGUGUGAUGCAUAUCACUGGGGUGAGGACUGCUCCCAGGACUGUGCUUGCUACCCCAUAGGUUCUGACAGGUGUGACCCAGUGGUAGGGUGUAUUUGUAAGACUGGCUGGGCAGGGGUCCACUGCAAGACAGAUGUGGAUGAGUGCCAGUCUUCAAAAUCAGAGUGUACUGCGCCCAGCGUCUGCGUCAACCUACCAGGCUCAUACAAGUGUGAGUGCCCAAAUGGGUUCCAGAAUGUGAACAACAUCUGCCUGGAUAUAGAUGAAUGCAAAGAUGCCAAAACCUGUGACCACAACUGUACAAAUGCCAUUGGUAGUUUCCACUGCACUUGUUUUGAAGGCUUUAAAGUUGAUGGUGCUAAAUGUUUGGACAUUGAUGAAUGUGCUGUACCAUCUCUCAGCAAGUGUGACCAGUUGUGUAGAAAUACGCCAGGUGGAUUUGCUUGUGAGUGUUUAGAUGGCUACAGUUUGAACAUGAUCACCAGAACCACAUGUGGCUUGUCAGAAACUGCAAAGGCCUGUAACUCAUCCUCAUUAUGCAAUCAGAUCUGUACAGUGGUGGAUGGUAAAGAUGUUUGUUCCUGUCACCCUGGAUACAAACUGAAUAAUUCCAACAAUGUCACAUGCAUGGACAUUAAUGAAUGCAGUGGAAGCAACCCUUGUAGCAGUGGCCAGUGUAACAACAUUGAUGGAAGUUUCUAUUGUACAUGUCCAGCUGGGUACAAACUUACUUCUGAUCAGCUAACAUGUCAAGAAUGUGAAGAGGGUUAUUAUGGAACCAACUGCAACUCUUCAUGUCAAUGUACCAGCACUAACACUGUUUCUUGUAAUACCACUGAUGGUACUUGUGUCUGUAAAUUUGGCUGGCAAGGACAAGAUUGUUCAGUGGACAUUAAUGAGUGCUCCACAAAUGGAGUCUGUUAUAACAACUCUCAGUGUAUCAACGCUCAAGGCUCCUAUAAAUGUGUCUGUGCUACUGGAUACUUCAGCAAUGGCUCCAGCUGCAAUGCCUGUGAUGUCAAUCGCUAUGGUCAAGACUGUGCUCAAACAUGUACCUGCAACUUUGCCAACACCCUGGACUGUCACCACACUACUGGUCAGUGUAACUGUAAGCCAGGCUGGGAAGGAGUCAACUGUGACCAGGACAUCAAUGAAUGUUCCAACACUAGCUACUGCAGUGGAAGCUUUGUCCAGUGUAUCAAUCUGAAUGGUUCAGCAGAGUGUAGAUGUCUAUCUGGAUAUGAGAGACCCACCAACAGUAGCACUUGUCAAGAUAUCAAUGAAUGUGAAAACUCCUUACUCAACAACUGUUUGACACCCAGUGUAUGCAAUAACACAUGGGGCUCUUAUGAGUGUGUAUGCAUGAAAGGUUUCCAUAAUGUCAGUGGACAAUGCUCAGCAUGUGAUUCACUUCACUAUGGAACCAAUUGUGCAAUGGAUUGCCAGUGUCAUGUUAAUAACACCUUAGACUGUGAUGACAUCAAUGGAACAUGCACUUGCAGACAUGGCUGGACUGGACAAAAGUGUGACCUGGAUGUGGAUGAGUGUACCCAGAAUGCCUCAUUCUGCUCUAGCAUUAAUGAAACUUGCACUAAUCUGAACGGCUCUGCAGAGUGUCUUUGCAAUAUAGGAUUUUAUAAGGCAGCAUUUAAUGAAUCAUGCAGAGCUUGUGGUUCACUUUAUUACGGACUAAACUGUGCCUCGCAAUGUUCUUGUAACGCUACAAACACAGAAGACUGUAACGAUAUUAAUGGAACAUGUUCUUGUAAACCUGGAUGGACUGGGGCUAUCUGUAAUCAAGCCUGUAACUCUACUCAGUAUGGACCUAAUUGUGCCUCCCAAUGCUUAUGUAAUGCUACAAACACUGAAGAUUGUAAUGAUAUUAAUGGAACAUGUUUUUGUAAAUCUGGAUGGACUGGAGCUAGCUGUAAUCAAGCCUGUAACUCUACACAGUAUGGACCUAAUUGUGCCUCCCAAUGCUUAUGUAAUGCUACAAACACUGAAGAUUGUAAUGAUGUUAAUGGAACAUGUUCUUGUAAAUCUGGAUGGACUGGAGCUAACUGCAAUCAAGCCUGUAACUCUACUCAGUAUGGACCUAAUUGUGCCUCCCAAUGCUUAUGUAAUGCUACUAACACAGAAGAUUGUAAUGAUGUUAAUGGAACAUGUUCUUGUAAACCUGGAUGGACUGGAGCUAACUGCAAUCAAGCCUGUAACUCUACACAGUAUGGACCUAAUUGUGCCUCCCAAUGCUUAUGUAAUGCUACAAACACUGAAGAUUGUAAUGAUGUUAAUGGAACAUGUUUUUGUAAACCUGGAUGGACUGGAGCAAACUGUAAUCAAGCCUGUAACUCUACUCAGUAUGGACCUAAUUGUGCCUCCCAAUGCUUAUGUAAUGCUACUAACACAGAAGAUUGUAAUGAUAUUAAUGGAACAUGUUCUUGUAAAUCUGGAUGGACUGGAGCUAACUGUAAUCAAGCCUGUAACUCUACUCAGUAUGGACCUAAUUGUGCCUCCCAAUGCUUAUGUAAUGCUACUAACACAGAAGAUUGUAAUGAUGUUAAUGGAACAUGUUUUUGUAAACCUGGAUGGAAGGGAACUAACUGUAACCAAGGAUGUGAUUCUACACACUUUGGACCAAAUUGUGGCACAUUGUGUACAUGUGCAAUGAACAACACACUAGACUGUAAUGAUGUUAAUGGAACCUGUACCUGUAAGACUGGAUGGACUGGUAGUGACUGCAGCCAAGAUUUGAAUGAGUGUAAUAUCAAUAACUACUGUUCAGGAAUUUAUGAGACCUGCAAUAACUUAGUAGGCAGUGCUGAAUGUGUCUGCAGACUUGGUUUUUACAGACCCACAGUUGGAGCUAGCUGUCAGGCUUGUGAUUCAACUCACUAUGGUAGCAACUGUUCCUCCGUCUGUACUUGCUUUAUAACAAACACAGCAGAUUGUGAUGAUCAAUCAGGAGUGUGUACUUGUAUAUCUGGUUGGACAGGUAGCACAUGUACCCAGCCAGAUACUUGCUCUUUUUCAAGUUCUUGUCUCACAGAUUUUUAUCAAUUUGGACCUAGUCAAGGUGAUUCCACAAUGGUCAAAAGCUCAGAGUCGGCUACCUCCAGUCUUUAUAUUCCUAACGGCAUGAGUUGGGGUCAGGAACUGGUGUCGUAUAUUUCUGUUACUGUGAAUGGAUUGCUUUCUUUUGAUGAAGACUUCAAUACUUUUGUUCCUCAAAGACUUCCGAUCUCCUCAUCUAACAAUAUGCGAAAGGCACUAGCAGUCUACUGGUCUGACCUUGACAUUUAUAAUGGAGAUUUAGGAGAAGUCUAUUAUCAGAUGUAUUCCAAGUAUGGCUACUACAAUUGGAGAAUAUUUACCAAGGCCAACAGUGACGUAGCAACAUAUGGCUGGGACUACAACUUUGAUGCUACCACUGUCAUUGUAGUCACUUGGUUCAAUGUGAUUCCCUUCCCAUCACAAGGCAACCAGUAUGAGCGUGUGACGUUUCAAUGCACAAUCAUCUCUGAUGGGUUCGCCACCUAUAUUGUUUAUAACUAUGGCCAUGGUGGCAUGAGGUUCAACUCUUACUUGCAAAGACCAGUAGAAGUAGGCUGGGGUCAUACCAACUUGGACAUCUCCAGACUGAACUAUUAUAGUUUUGAUCAAGUUGUUGGAAACACAGGAAACAAAGGAAAAUGGUUUUUUAAAAUUGGUCAGAGAGAAAAUUACAGAAUGAAAUGUUUCAAUUGGUAUCAAAGAAAUUUAAUGCUAAAAAAUGAUAUAAUGUUCUGGGACAAUGUGAUCCCAUUAUGUCCCUGCAGUGAAUAUUUUGCUCAGAUGAAUGGCUGGUGGUUUACAGCCCUAGAAUAUAAUGACUUUUGUUACCAGAGUUACAUCCCUUACUACAGGGGCGGAAGAAAAUGCUGUUACCGCAGAGAUGGCUGGCUGUUGAACUGGUGGCAGAUGUCCACUUUCUACAUUCUGUUAGGCAUCCAUGAGACCAGGAUGCCAUUAGCUGGCAGCCUGCAGCUGUACUCACCGUACUAUUCCAGCUACUAUGGCAGCUACUGGUACUACAACAACUUCUACAACAGCUACUAUGGCAAUGUGCCCAUCUACGGCAGCUACUGGUACUUUGGAGACUCCAGUCAGGUAGUGAGUCACCAGCAGGAAGAUCUGGACCCUAAGACUUGGUGCUGUGAGCUCUCUGACCUGUGCUACCUGUACUAUCAAGUCAGACCUUUGUCCACAUGUGUGGGAAGCACUUUUUACUAUGGCUAUUUCUUUGGAGACCCACAUAUAAUGACAUUAGAUGAGAGGUCCUAUAUAUUUAAUGGAUUGGGAGAAUAUAGAAUUGUAGAAAUCUCAGGACAAAUGCCUGGAGGAAAUACUUCACUCAGUAUUAAAUUGCAAGGUCGCACAUGCAGGGCCACUAACUCUCAAGGGAAUCUGACUGAUGCUACUGUUUGGUGUGCCCUUGUUCUCCAAACCAAUAACAAUUAUACGCUUAGAAUAAACCUAGCCAAUUCUAAAGACUCUCUGAUAAUCUAUGCAAAUGAACAAGACUAUACAUUAAGAUUCAAAGACAAUGUAAAUUUUAUAGCUGUGGAUAAAGAUAUUACCUUAAGAAGAGAUAAUGAAUCUCUGAGGGUCACAACUUUAGAUGAGUUUGGCAUCACUGUGUCCAUAACCAAUCAAUUCAUGCAGUUUACAGUCAGCAUUAAUCAGAAAUACAGGAACUUGACCAGAGGUCUUCUGGGUAAUUUUAAUGGAGACAAAACGGAUGAUUUCAUCUUCCCCAAUGGAACUCAGCUACCGGAUAAUUCAUCAGAGAGAAUUUUAUUUGAAUAUGGCAAAACAUGGGCAGUAACUGAUGAGUCAACUCUCUUUGUGUAUGAUCUGCCUGGGCAAAACACGUCCACAUUCACAGAUCCCACAUUUACACCCAUAUUCCUAGACGAAGUGAAUGCCACAGUGAGAGCUGAGGCAGAGAAAGUAUGUGACAGCAAGACUAAUCUCCCUUGCAUAUUUGAUUAUAUCGCCACAAAGAACGUCUUGGUGGCUAGAAGUAGUAUGGCUGCGGCGGAAAUGUUCACCAUACAGAAUCUAAUGGCUGCUAACCAAGUUCCUGUCUGUGACGGUGCAAAUGGGUUUAAUUUAACUGUUAAUGAAACACUGACAUUUGACCUCAAAUGCUCUGACGCUGAUAAUGAUAGUCUAUCUGUAAAAAUCAUAUCACAGCCACUUCAAGGUUUCAGCUACAAUUUUAGCUCAAGUACUGGAGUUUUGUCUAUAACCUACACCCCAGUCAGUACAGCCAAUGUGUCUCUUGAAAUAGCUGUAAUUGACACUAAGAAUGCCACAUCAAAUGUCUACAUCGCUAGUUGGACAGUAUGUAGUGGCUGCAGCCAACAUGGCCAGUGUAACUUCAUUGAAGGGUUGACCAUACUGUCUCCAUAUCACUCUGUGGCCAGAUGUGAUUGUUUUCUAGGAUAUUCUGAUCUUAACUGUGACAAAGACAAGGACGGAUGCACUAACAAGCCUUGUCCAGACGAUACUAACUGUACAGAUGUUUCAGCUGAAGAAGAAAGUCAAACUGGUCAUGCUUUCAACUGUAGUAAUUGCCCUAGUGGGUUUGAGUUGGUUCUUAAUGGAACCAAGUGUCAAGAUAUCAACGAAUGCGAUGACAACACCACUCAGUGGUGUGAUGUUAAUGCGGUGUGUAUAAACAGUAUAGGCAGCUUUCAGUGUACAUGUCGUCCAGGUUUCAGACUACUGAACAAACGAUGUAUAGACAUCAAUGAAUGCACAGAUAAUCUUCACUCGUGCCAACAACUUUGUAUCAAUCAAUCUCCACUUUAUACUUGUGAUUGCUACGAAGGAUAUGUUUCUAGUGGAUAUAACUGCACAAAAGUACAAGUUUCAGAUGUGUGCAAGAAUCACAGCUGUGAGUAUGGAUGCAGAAACAAUUCGGGUCAACCUGAGUGUUUCUGUCAAACUGGAUUUAAACUAGCAGACAAUGGCACUGCCUGCAUUGAUAUUGAUGAAUGUGCAGAAAACUUGUGCUCUCAGGGAUGUAACAACACAGUAGGAAGCUACUCUUGUUUCUGUUUCGAUGGAUUUGUGAAGAGUCUAACAGACAGACAUUACUGUGAUGUCUGUGCUGCAAACAGGUAUGGCAAGGACUGCAACUUGACCUGCAACUGCAGGGGCCGUGCAGGAAGGUGUGACAACGUGAAAGGCUGCAUCUGCUCUAGCAGCUGGACAGGUGUCAAUUGUGAACAGGAUGUGGAUGAGUGUAGCUUGAAGUUAGCCAAGUGUUCUUCUGACCAGAUGUGUACCAACACUAAUGGCUCUUACACUUGUGAUUGUCCUACUGGCUACGAACUAAGAAAUUCUACCUGUGAAAACAUCAAUGAAUGCAAUGACAGAUUAAUCUCCAAUUGUACUCAGUUGUGUAUAGACAGUGUGGGAUCUUUUAGCUGUCAGUGCAGAGAUGGCUACAUACUUGGAGAUGAUGGAUCAUGUUUAGACUUGGAUGAAUGUACUGCCAAGACAUCAGGGUGUGAGCAUAAGUGUGACAAUACCCUGGGUAGCUUCAACUGUGAAUGUUUUCCUGGAUUUGUUUUGAAUGAUGACAGAAGAACUUGCCGAAAAGCUCAAGAUACCUGUGAGAGUGUCAACAUGACCUGCCAGUUUGAUUGUACUGUCUUCAAUAAUAUACCUCAGUGUUUCUGCAAGGCUGGAUACAUCCUUGGUACAGAUAAUUCCACUUGCAUAGAUGUCAAUGAAUGCAACAUUAAAGGGAAUAGAAGUGAUGAAAACCUGUGCACAGACCAAUGCAACAACCUAGAAGGAUCCUAUGAAUGCUCUUGUCCUGCCGGAAAAGCUUUGCAAAUAGACAGAAGAACAUGUAAAGAGUGUGAUUCUUUUCACUGGGGAAAUAAUUGCUCAGAAAACUGUGGGUGCUAUCCAAUGGGCUCAGAGCGAUGUGAUCCAAUCCUUGGAUGUAUCUGUAAGCCAGGAUGGGCUGGCCAAGACUGCAAGCAAGAUGUCAAUGAGUGUAACUAUCAAGUCUCACCAUGUCCUGUGAAUACUGAUUGCAUAAACAUAGCAGGAUCUUUCAAUUGUCAGUGUAGGACUGGUUUUAACUUGGUCAAUGAAUCAUGUGAAGAUAUUGAUGAGUGUAGUAGCAGAAGUCCUUGUGAUCAUAACUGUGAGAACACACCUGGGAGCUACGUCUGCUCGUGUUUUAAAGGAUUUAAUAAGAAUAGAGAUAAAUGUGAAGACAUAGAUGAGUGUACUGUCCCCUUAUUGAAUAAGUGUGACCAAAUAUGCAGAAACACAUUAGGAGGCUAUGCUUGUGAGUGUUUUGAUGGCUACAGUCUGAACAUAACCAAUAGGAACACAUGUGAUUUGUUGAAUGCUACCAAAGUUUGCAAUUCCUCCUCAUGUGACCAGUUAUGUACUGUGAAUGCCAGCAAUGUUGAAGUCUGCUCUUGUCAUGCUGGAUAUGAAUUACAAUCCAACAAAUGUAUAAAUAUAGAUGAAUGCGCUUCAAAGCCAUGUAUCAAUGGAACUUGUAAAGAUGGCAUUGGUAACUAUACAUGUACUUGUAGUACUGGAUUUAAACUGGCAUCAGAUUUAAAAACAUGUCUUGAAUGUGAGGAAGGUUAUUAUGGAACCAACUGCAACUCUUCAUGUCAAUGUACCAGCACCAACACAGUUUCUUGUAAUACCACUGAUGGUACUUGUGUCUGUAAACCUGGCUGGGAAGGACAAGAUUGUUCAGUGGACAUUAAUGAGUGCUCCACAAAUGGAACCUGUUAUAACAACUCUCAGUGUAUCAACUCUCAAGGCUCCUAUAAAUGUGUCUGUAACACAGGAUACCUCAGCACUGGCUCAAGUUGCAUAGCCUGCAGCCCUAUACACUAUGGCCAGGACUGCAAUAAUUCAUGUAGCUGUAUCUUUGCUAACACACUGGACUGUAAUCACAUCAGUGGAAAGUGUAAUUGUAAACCUGGCUGGACAGGGGUCAACUGUGAGCUGGACAUCAAUGAAUGUUCCAACUCCAGCUACUGCAGUGCAGACCAUGUUGAAUGUAUCAAUCUGAAUGGUUCAGCAGAGUGUAGAUGUCUGCCUGGAUAUGAGAGGCCAGCCAACAGUACCACUUGUCAAGAUAUCAAUGAAUGUUUAAACCCAAAGCUCACUAAAUGCCCCAGUCUAAAAACAUGCAACAACACUCAAGGUAGUUUCGUUUGUAUUUGUGAAAAAGGUUUCCAGGAAGUAAAUGGAGUCUGUACAGCCUGUGACUCGACUCACUUUGGACACAACUGUAGCAGUGUUUGUGAUUGCUUUGUAGCCAAUUCUGCAGACUGUAACGAUGUUGAUGGUCAAUGCUUGUGUAAUAAGGGAUGGACUGGACCCAAAUGUGACAGACUCAUUGAUCAGUGUACCAAUGCCAGUUUCUGUACUGCAGCCAAUGAAGCAUGUUACAACAUAUCAGGUGUUCUAUCAUGUGAUUGUGCCACAGGUUUUUAUAAGCCAUCAUCAGGAGCAUCUUGCCAAGAUUGUGACAAUACCCAUUUUGGCCAGAACUGUUUAAAUUCCUGUCAGUGUGACAUCCAUAACUCUUUAGACUGUAAUGAUAUGAAUGGAACAUGUUCUUGCAAAGCUGGUUGGGCUGGAACCAACUGUGAACAAGACAAAGAUGAGUGUGCUAUUAACUCAACAUUCUGCUCAAAUCUUCAUGAAGUAUGCCACAAUCUGGUAGGCUCAGCAGAAUGUGUUUGUGAAUCAGGUUACUACAGACCAACAACGGGUUCUGCAUGCCAAGCUUGUGACAGCACCCAUUGGGGUCAAAACUGUUCCAAUGUCUGCCAAUGUAAUGUCAGUAAUUCUCUAGACUGUAAUGAUGUUUAUGGUACAUGCACUUGUAAAACUGGCUGGACUGGAACCAAAUGUGAACAAGACAUAGAUGAGUGUGCUACUAACUCAACAUUCUGCUCAAAUCUUCAUGAAGUAUGCCACAAUCUGGUAGGCUCAGCAGAAUGUGUUUGUGAAUCAGGUUACUACAGACCAACAACGGGUUCUGCAUGCCAAGCUUGUGACAGCACCCAUUGGGGUCAAAAGUGUUCCAAUGUCUGCCAAUGUGAUGUCAGUAAUUCUCUAGACUGUAAUGAUGUCGAUGGUACAUGCACUUGUAAAACUGGCUGGACUGGAACCAACUGUGAACAAGACAUAGAUGAGUGUGCUAUUAACUCAACAUUCUGCUCAAAUCUUCAUGAAGUUUGCCGCAAUGUGAAGGGCUCUGCGGAAUGUAUUUGUCAAGAUGGUUUCUACAAUUCAACAAUUUUAUUCAGUUGUCAAGCCUGUGACUCUCUCCACUAUGGAUCAAACUGCACCUCUGUAUGCUCAUGUCAUACAACCAACACAGCAGAUUGUAAUGAUGUCAAUGGAACAUGUUCUUGUAAACCUGGAUGGACUGGGGCUGAUUGCUCGCAAGGUUGUGAUUCCCUGCACUAUGGUCAAGACUGCACCUUGCAAUGUAAAUGUCAGUUAAAUAACAGCGCUGUAUGCAACAGCACAGAUGGAUACUGCACAUGUCUGAGUGGGUGGACAGGAGAAGAUUGUGGUCAGGUUGUAACUUCUGCACAAGUUAAAGACUUGAUCAUUGGUCUAUCUGUUGGGAUUCCUUUGUUUGUGCUGCUUCUCAUCAUCAUCAUUAUCAUCCUUUGUGUUUGUCUGAGGAAGAGAAGAAGAAAUACAGGAUCUCACACCCCCACCGAGGACUGGGAAUCUCCAUUUAGAAGUAUCUUUCCAACCAGACUAAAUACCAAGGAAUCAUGGGGCAGUCCUUCUGUCUAUAGCCCCGAUGGUUUCUCUGAUGCUGCUAGCAGCACUGGCAGUAUGGAUGGCCAGCUGAUCAAAUCUAUCAGCAGCAAGAACUCAGCUGUGCAAGACACAACGUGGAAUCAUUCUGAAGUUAUAAACAGAGAAAGAGACAAAGGCAUUGGCGCCAACUUUUCCUGGGACUACAUGUUUAAUAUAUUACAGCAUCAUAGAGGGUUUGAAAUUCAGAGACCCAUCAUUGAUCCAUCUCCAAAUCCAGCUUUUGCUACCCCACCAAGGGAAGACGACUCUCAUGCCUAGACAUCUGGAGGAGAACAGAUUGUUACUUUUUUUGUUAUGACCCUGUUACCAACUACCUUUUACAUUAGCUUUAAAACUGUUUGAAUGUGAUCAGUUCUCAUUAGUUCAUUUCUUGGAUAUGUUUACCAUAAAUGUAAUGUUAUACAUAUACUGCCAUGCUAUACACUAUUUCUAGAAACCCAUUAGAAAAUUAUAUGUUAUCAUACUUUUAAAAAAAAAAUUAUCUACUAUGUCAUCAGUUUAUCUAACUACUUAUAUUAUCUUAUUAAUCAUUGACAUUCCUUUAAAAAAAAAAGUGUAUUACUUAUUCUAUUGAGCCUUAUUCACAAUUAUAUUAUUCACAAUAAUUUAUGUUUAUUAUGUUGUAUGAUUAUACAGACAAAUCAGACUCAACUGGGUUUGUAUGUCACUAAGUUUGGUUUGUAGAUGAUUUCACUGUCUCUAAUGUGGAUUCCUUAUUGAGUCAGAUCAAAUGCACCAAGUCUUUCAUCCUUUUGUUUAUGUUUCUUGUAUUCUCAUUUAUUGCUUGUGUGUGAAAGUUCAUUGUUCCCCUUCCUUUAAAUUAACAACUUAAUAAUGUAAAAGAAGCAGUUACCUGACACAGCUUUCAUUUGUUAUGUGUGUGUAAGUGUGAUUUCAUAACAAAAGAAGUUACUUGACAUAGCUUUCAUUUGUAUGUGUGUGUGGGUUUGUGAUUUCAUAAACUUUAUUUGGAGCAUUUAUUGACUUGAUAUGAGAACAGUACCAUUAGUUCAUUAUAGAAUGUGUGGCUAGGUGGUAUAAACUGCUUGGCUACCUAACUACCGGGGGCUAGAGUUCAAAUCUUGAUAUAGAUUAGGGAUUUUUAUUUGUGUUUUAAAUCAAGUUUUUUUUUUCUGAUACGCCUAAAAGUUGCUUGGAAACCUUCCAGGCACCCUCCACCUUCUCCUCCACAUGCUCGCAAAAGAGUUUGGACCAUAAUGCACUGAGCAUGAUUUAAGAGCAUUAUGCUCAGUUCAUUAUGGUCCAAAGAGCAUGGAAGAUAUGCUGAAAAUAGCAAUAAUGAUGUCUCAACAGGUUCAGCUGUUUUUUUGUUUUCUGAAGUUUUGUUAAUGUUUUUUUUUUAUUAUUUCGUAUAGCGUUAUUAGAAGUUUCCAUCAGCUGUUGACUGUUUGUUGCACUUUUUCUGACAGGGAGGAAACUCCACAUUUUUUUUUUUUUAUCUAAAUAAAUUCUUGUGACCUAACUGAGUGAUAUUGCUUAAAACAAAUUCUAAUUAUUACAACCAAAUAAAGAAAUAAUCAAACGUAUGGCUGUGAUGAAUAAGGUCUUUUUGUUUAUAUAUUUAAGAAACUGAAUAAAAAUUUUGUAUUUAUGGCAAAGAAAAAUUAUCAUGACAAAUAUUUGUUUUCAAUUAUUGUGUAUUUAAUUUUGUUCUUAUUUAAAAUGUGGAUAUGGACGGGAUAUAAUUUAUUAUUUCAUUGUUACAUUUUAUAUCUAUUUACAGAGUUUUCUAUUCUCUGCAUAUAUGCUCAAUGUAUCUACAAAAUGUAUAUAUUUUUGUACUGUUGGUGUUGGCAAUAUAUAUGUGUUCUUAUUUAACUGUGAAACAUCAUUGCAUUUCUUCUUUCUGUCAUUUUUCUGUUUUAUUCAAAGACUAUAUGCUUUUAGACAAAGUAGCUUUUUUCUUUUGCCCAUGGAAUUACACUUACACUAUCAUACUGAAGACAUAAAUUGUCAGGUCUAUACAACAAUCACUCCAUAUUCUGAUCAAUACAGUUUAUGUCCCUAAAUAUUAUUGUUUGUUGUACCAUUAGUCUUACACUGUACACACUUGACCUAUGCAAUGGUAUUCCCAGAGAUGGAGACAACUCUUGAUUUGUUCAUAUAAUUAUAUGCCAUGUUGUUGUUUUCAUUGUUGAACUAUUUUAUCUAAGAUCUGAUUGUUGCAGAAGUUAAACUCUGAUUAUUUCCCCUGAUUAGACAUAAUGCCAUGUUCUGUGUUUGUCAUCUAUGUUGUCUUUAAGUGAUGUUUUAUGAAGCAGUGCCUC